AUGGGCUAUGAAUGCACGAUUGAAGAUGACAAGCAGUUGCUUGCAUCGAUUAUUGAGCACACUCCUUACAUCUACCCUAGCAAUUCCAGCACCUACAGGGAAAAGAUGCUGCUUCUUAUUCACAGUCUUAAUAAGCGUAACCCUCAAGCUGGGUGGUUUUCUGAGAGAUUGAGGAAAAGAGUUGACCACAUUAUUGGUCCCCGCGGCAAGAAGUACAUAGAGAGUGGUGCUCUGGAUCCCCAAAAAGCAGUCAGAGGUAAAGUAUGGGCAAGACUUCUGGAGGAAAUCAAAACCCAAAGGAGCAUGGUUGAUCAUAAGACAAUCACGAAGGAAAAAAUACUGGCUAAAGCUAUCCUGGAAGAACUGAAUGUUAUCCAGGAGCCGAUCCAGGUGCUUCGCAGUCCCCCGGAAACCAAUGGAGAACCUAAACAGUUUGAUUAUUUGGGAAUUCACAGCUAUUCUACUGCCCUAGGGUGCGAGUCGAAACAAAUUGGUACACCACGUUUAGAGCUUGGAAGAGAGGUUACCCCAAGCAUUGGUCUUCCGAACAAGGAGAGUUCGACGAUAAAGUUUGACUUAGGUCACAGCUCCCGGUUUGCCUUCAAAGAGAACCCCUUUCAGUUCUCUGGUGAGUAUGAGAUCAAGGAGGAGGCAGAUCAUCAUUUUCUCGUGUUGAUAGACCAGUUGAUGGAGAUGAACCAGAGACAAGCAUACCAGCACUCGGAGGUUUCUCGUGCACUCAUGAAACAAAAUGAGCUUUUGCAAGAACAGAACUUGAAAUGUUUUGACCAACUCGCAGCUAUUUUUCGGGAGGCAUCUCAGAGUAAAAUCAAAAGGAGAAGGAUGGAGUGA